CUUAUCAAUAAUUAUUUAUUUAUUAUUCGAACUCUUAUUUAAUUUGGCAUAUACUUACUAUAUAUAAUAAAAAUAAGCCAUGGCCCUCUCUAAGCUUCUAGCUGCUUCCCUUAUUCUAUCCUUUCUCCUCCUCCAACUUAGCGUCGACGCCGCUGAUAAAUCGGAGGUACCAACAGUGGAGGGGGCUGUUCCCGGUCCAAAGAUAGAUUGCAAAGGGAAAUGUGAUUUUAGAUGCAGCAAAUCAUCGCAUCCAAAUCUAUGCAAGAGAUCGUGCAACACAUGCUGUCAAAGAUGUAACUGCGUACCACCAGGCACUUCUGGAAACUAUGAAACCUGCCCUUGCUAUUACGCCCAAACCACCCAUGGUGGCAAACGCAAGUGUCCAUAGAACUACCUAUAUAUAGAUGCAUCCGAAACUGUAAAUAUAUAUAAUGGGAGGGAGGGCAAU